GGACCACUGGAGAACACUUGUAAUGAUUUUUGGCAAAUGGUUUGGGAGCAAAAUGUGCCAGCUGUGAUAAUGCUUAACAAAUUGAUGGAAAGCGGUCGACACAAGUGCGCUACUUAUUUUCCGUCGAAAAGUGAGCAGUCGGUAGAAUUUGAUGAUUACACAGUGAUUCUGGAGGAAGAGGAACAGCAUCACAAUUUUGUUGUUCGAAAAAUUCGUUUGAAGAAGUUGAAUGAAGAAGGAGGUCAGACUUUUUACUUUCCAUAA